GGCUGUCCACAAUGAGCGGUGACUAUUUCGUCCCUCAAUACCAUAGCGGCGACCAGGAGCACACAGGAUGCAGCUAGUUCGGUGGCAGGUCGACAGAAGGGAGGUAAUGCCAAAUUGGGAUGAGCACGGAAUGUGGAUGAAGAUUGGCCUUGGGUGCAAGCCCUUCCACAGUCUCUGAAGAAUGUUUCAACCUUGGGCAUUGUUAAGAAGUAAAAGAGAGCGCCCAGACAUCUAAGAAGCGAGUUGUAGGGACAUAGACGGAGAGCGAGGUUGAUAUCGUGGUGCGGCCGAGAGUUAGUUGGAAUUGAGGAUUGAGAACCAUGAGUCAGGCUGUGAAGCAGGCGUACAGGGAGGUGCUGAAGCUUGUGAAGCGGUUGCCUCCUCCCAGUCGCGGCUACUACGCCCAGUAUGCGCGUGAGAAUUUCGUAACGUAUAGUGAAGUUGAGGAUCCUGAGUCCAUUCGGUCGCUGCUGGCGCGCGUUCAUCACCAUACGUGUUGGGUUCUUAAGAAGCCACUCAUCCAUCGAAUGAGGCUGUGAGAAAGCGGUUGGAGUCAGCACAGUUGAGAGUGAGAUAAUUACCCGACAAUCAUCGAUCUCGCAAUUCUGCAUUUCUGUGUAUACACAACCUGUUCACGUUUUGCAGUACGGAGUGGAGGAAGAGGCUGCCGAUAAGUUGAAGAACAUCUGCUUGACCAAUCAUCGUGAAACCCCAGCCUAAAGUAAUACACUCAGAGCUUACAACCCUAUGUCUACUGAAGAGACUGCGUAGCAUUUCCAAAGUAUCACUUUAACUCUAAGUUUUGUUCCUGAAGCUGGUCAAGGAUCCGAACCUCAAAACAAAAAAAAAAAAGAAAAAAAAAAAACGUUGGCUGCUGCUAUCAAAACAUAAUACAUCAUUCUGUUCUCACGUUUCUGUCUCAGGCAUGCGAUUCUGGGCACUGGUUUGGUUGAGUUGUAGACUACAGACGACAGUCCUAGUUUAGGGCUUAGGGACCUCAUUGGCAACACCGUGGUAUUGUAGUGAAAUCUCGAACCGAAAUGGGCUGUCCAUUCGGUAAUCCCAAGAACAGGCUUGCUUAGGUAAUCUGGUCAGUCUAUUGAUUGGAGAAAAUCAUUCAAAUUUUCUUGCCGUUAUGUGGUAGAUGCAUCUGUCAAUUUGGCCGAGUGGUUAAGGCGACAGACUUGAAAUCUGUUGGGGUCACCCCGCGCAGGUUCGAACCCUGCAGUUGACGAAUGUAUUUUGAUUUUACGUCGUUGUUACCAUCACAUUAAUGGGAUAUUAUCACCUCGCAUUUAAUACAUCAAACAAUACAGCAAGAACCCGGGCGUCUAAGAUUUAUCUCAGGAUGAGCAACGACCCAACACUCAGUCUAUCUACCUCACAACUCCAGGAAUUCCUACGCAAACCUGAUUUUAAAACGCAUGGACUGCAUUACCGAAAACACACAAUGGAUGCGCCACGAUUCCCAUAGAUGGGUGGGAAUCUGAUUCGCAGCAGAUGGAGCAGCAGCAGCAGGGCAUUACAAGACCCCGAGGGAGAUGAUAGAGUGCAUUUUAUAUGUUGCGCCGCUCCGUAGGACUGAUCUCUGAUAAGAAGUUGCGAGUUUCCAAUCACUGGCUGGGCUUGAUGCAUGAAUGGCGUGUUGCUGCUCCUGCAGAUGUGAUGGAAGUGAACAAUAACGGCAAUCUUCACAGCGUAGGCGUGUCAGCUCUGUCGUUAGGGCUUCAUGCGCAAUACUACCGAGAUUGCUGAGCGUAAACAUGGAUGGCAACCCAUGGUACGCUCCUUUUGUUGCCCCUUUGAGAUUCAGGAUGGUCUACUUGAAGCGAAUUGGAGCUAGGACUUGAGUCGAUAAAUACUCAAUUUGGAUCUGGCAUUAAGAAUUGGGGCCAGGUUACCGUUGUGAAUGUGUAUUUUUUUCUUAAUUUGGAGUAGUAAGACAAUUUCGAUCACCGAAUUCUUUUACUUGUGAAGUGUAUUUCCUUGAAGUUAGAUUUGUACGGUUUUAGAUUAUUCCAGUUGGAUUACUGCACGACCAAUCACUUUUGUAUCAAAGCGUGUAUUUGUGACUCCAAAAGUGAUCGCAUAAUUGCAAGAUCCAAUAAAGUGAAGAUUGUGAUAUGGUUGUUGAAA